UAGAGAUGCGUUUAAUAUUACUUUUGUCUUUAUUAGUGGUAGCACUUGCAGCUGAAUUGCCAUUGGCCACGGAAUGUGAUGAGACGAAAUGUCUACUACCAAGAUGUAGAUGUUCUUCUACUGACAUUCCAGGAGGAUUAGCAGCGAAAGAUGUUCCUCAGUUCGUAUCCGUUACAUUUGAUGACGCAGUAAACGUUAUCAAUAUUGAAACGUAUAGGGAAGUUCUAUACGGCCGUAGUAAUUCCAAUGGUUGUCCAGCUGGCGCAACAUUCUACGUCAGCCAUGAGUAUACCAACUACGUACUCGUUAAUGAAUUGUACAACCGUGGUUAUGAGAUAUCUCUUCAUUCGAUGACCCAUCAAACUCCUCAAACUUACUGGGCGGAGGCAGACUAUGAUGUUUUGGUUAAGGAGUUCGCAGACCAAAGGACUUUGAUGUCUCAUUUUGCAUUGAUCCCGGAGCAGGAAAUCAGAGGUGUACGUCUUCCCUUUCUACAAAUGAGUGGUAACGCUAGUUUCCAAAUGAUGGCAGAUUCCGGUCUUGUAUAUGACAACUCCUGGCCAACCGUCAGUCACGUUAAUCCAGGACUUUGGCCUUAUACCCUUGACUACGCUUCAAUACACGACUGUGUUGUGCCGCCGUGCCCAACUGCGUCCAUACCAGGACCAUGGGUCUUUCCAAUGAUCAGCUGGUCAGACUUAAAUGGAUCUCCUUGCUCGAUGGCUGACAGCUGUUUCUUUACUCCUCCCCUAGAUGAUGAAAAUGCCUGGUACAACUUCAUCCUCACCAACUUCGAGAGGCACUACAACGGCAACCGCGCGCCUUUUGGCUUUUACAUCCACGAAUGGUACCUCGCUGUCAACCCUGCCGUCAAAGCAGCUCUCGUUAGAUUUAUGAAUUACGUCAACAAUCUGAAUGAUGCAUUCAUGGUAAACGCCAACCAAAUAAUUGAAUGGGUACAAAAUCCAGUACCCGUUUCGGAAUACGUCAGACGUCCUUGCAGACGUUUCUCAGCAACUCCUUGCCGGGCGACUAGCUGUGGACCGCUCAGAUCCGAACACAAUGGGUUGGAUUACUGGAUGCAAGUUUGCAACACCUGCCCUCGAGUCUACCCUUGGCUUGGAAACCCUCUUGGAAGAUAAAUUUAUUGUUAUUUAAAAGUGCUGUCAAAUAAAAUAUUUAACCGACUGCACUACAAUUGUUGUUUGUACACUAAAACGAAUAAAAUUAUUUUGUCGUA